AUGAAAUCAACGGUUGUCGCGGUCGCUGCGGCCGUGCUGGCCGGCGGUGUCAAUGCCGGUCGUGUCCACGCUCACCGCAACGCUCACCAGGCUCUGUUCGAGAGGAAGCCUCAAUUCAAUGAGAGCGAGGUCUGCGUUCCCAGCUGCACCACCAUCUACAGCACCAUCGUUGGCGAGCCAACCAUUGUCCAACCUACCCGGCCUGCCGUCACCAGCACAACCAAGGCCGUCGUGCCCACAUCAUCAGGCCCCGUGACGGUGCCCACGCCCGUCGCCCAGACCUGCCCGACGCCAGGCACUUACACCUUCCCCGCCACUACCGUCGUGGUGACCGAGACAACGACUGCCUGCGCCGCGUCCACCACCAAGGUCCCCUCUGGCACCCACACCCUUGGCGGUGUUACGACGGUUGUCACGACCGCCACUACGGUUGUCUGCCCUUACGCCACCACCUCAACCGAGAAUGGCGUCGUGACCAGCGUGAUCAAGACGACGACCUACGUUUGCCCCUCCGCCGGCACCUACACCAUUGCUCCCAUCACCACCACCGUGACUGCUCCUGAGACCACUGUGGUUGUUCCCGUCGUCACCACCAUCUGCCCGGGCACGUACACCGCCCCCGCCGUGGUGACGACCAUUACCGAGACCAGCGUGGUCGUCUACUGCCCCUUCACUUCCUCAGAGGCUCCGGCUCCCACGCUGGCUCCGGCUCCGACAUCACCUGCUCCCACAUCGGUUGCCGUUUCCGAGCCCGCCAAGCCGUCCUCCGCCGCUCCUUCUCCGUCUGCCCCGGCCCUCGGUGGAAAGGGCAAGCUGUGGGCUAUGACCUACACGCCGUACCGGGAAGAUGGUAACUGCAAGACGGCUGAAGAGGUCAUGGUUGACGUUGGUGGCAUUGCCAGCGCCGGCUUCACCACGCUGCGCGUCUACUCGACCGACUGCGACACGCUCCCCAACGUCGGCGCCGCUGCUCGUAAGUACAGCCUCCGCCUGAUUGUCGGCAUCUUCAUCGGCAAGGUUGGGUGCGACAACGGAUCCCCCGACGUCGCCGAGCAGAUCUCUGCCCUCAAAAAGUGGGCCGAGUGGGAUUUGGUCGACCUUUGCGUCGUUGCCAACGAGGCUCUCUUCAACGGCUUCUGCACCGUGUCCGAGCUCGCCGGUUUGAUCAGCCACACCAAGACGGAGCUCGCCUCGGUCGGCUACAGCGGCCCUUUCACCACCACCGACGUUGUCUCCGCCUGGAUUGGCAAUGAUGUCAGCGCCAUCUGCAGCGUCAUUGACGUCGUUGCCACCAACGCCCACGCCUACUUCAACUCCCAGACCCUUCCCAGCGAUGCCGGCAAGUUCGUCGCCGGCCAGCUGGCCAUUGUCGAGAACGUCUGCGGCAAGCCCGGCUACGUCAUGGAGACGGGCUGGCCCUCGGCCGGUAAAUGCAACGGCGUCGCCUGCGCCGGCGAGGCGGAGCAGCGGGCUGCCAUUGAGUCCAUUGGGAACGAGCUGGGCCCCAAGGUCGUCUUCUUCUCCUUCAAGGACGACCCCUGGAAGCAGCCCGGUGCCUGCGACUGCGAGCAGCACUGGGGCAUCGCCAGCGUCUUUGGCGCUGUCUAA